GAUUCACAUGUGGAUUUCAAUUGUGCACUCUGAUUCUCCACUAUACUUGUGUCUCGUCCACAAUAGAAAGAUGAAUCCAUUCCCACAAACAAAAUCAGCAACUUUUGCCGUAUUUAAAAAAAAAAAAAAUUAUAUCUUGAUUUCUUGAAUUUUUUAGAUUCUUUUGGGCUGCAGGUCAUUCCAGCCUACCCCCUACUUGUAUAUAGCUUCCUAUUUAGCCACCAUUCCUCCACAAUCUACUUCAAAAGCAAAACUUCAGAAAGAAGUUGGAAAUUAAGCUCUCCCUAUUGUUAGAAUAGAUUAAGAGGAAAAGAAAAUGGCUGCCCAGGACAAAAGAACGGCAGCAAACAUCAUCAGCAGCAAGAAAAAGGUUCAGAAAAGCUACUUUGAUGUGUUAGGACUUUGCUGCUCCUCUGAAGUUCCUUUGAUUGAGAAUAUCCUCAAGUCUCUUGAUGGUGUUAAAGAAUUCUCAAUUAUCGUCCCAACAAGAACAGUUGUAGUUGUCCAUGAUAAUCUUCUCAUCUCUCAGCUUCAAAUUGUAAAGGCCCUGAAUCAAGCACGACUGGAAGCAAAUAUUAGAGUGAAUGGAAACACCAGUUACCAGAAGAAAUGGCCAAGUCCAUUUGCUGUGGGUAGUGGUGUUUUGCUUUUGCUAUCUUUGUUGAAGUAUGUUUAUCAUCCUCUUCAUUGGCUGGCUCUGGGAUCUGUGGCCAUUGGAAUCCCUCCCAUCUUCUUGAAAGCCAUUGCUUCUAUCAGGAAUUUUAGGUUUGAUAUCAGCAUUCUUGUUCUCAUUGCAGUGAUGGGGACAAUAGCUAUGAAUGAUUAUAUUGAAGCAGGAACCAUUGUCUUUCUCUUUACUAUUGCAGAAUGGCUUGAGUUAAGGGCAAGCCACAAGGCUAAUGCAGCAAUGUCAUCAUUGAUGAGCAUAGCUCCUCAGAAAGCAAUCAUAGCUGAAACAGGAGAAGAAGUGGAUGCUGAUGAGGUAAAGUUAAACACUAUUCUCGCAGUUAAAGCUGGCGAGAUCAUACCAAUUGAUGGAAUUGUUGUAGAUGGCAAUUGUGAAGUGGAUGAGAGAAGUCUAACUGGAGAAUCAUUCCCAGUUCCUAAACAAAAGGAUUCUACCGUGUGGGCUGGCACUAUCAACCUUAAUGGUUACGUUAGUGUUAAAACUACUGCUCUAGCUGAAGAUUGUGUGGUAGCUAAAAUGGUGAAGCUGGUUGAAGAAGCUCAAACCAGCAAGUCUAAAACUCAAAGAUUCAUAGACAAAAUUGCACAGUAUUACACUCCAGCGGUGAUAAUCUUAUCAGUUAGCUUCGUAGUAGUUCCUCUGGCACUAAGAGUUCAUAACCGUAAUCACUGGUUUCACUUAGCAUUGGUGGUCUUAGUAAGUGCAUGCCCAUGUGGUCUUAUCCUCUCCACGCCCAUAGCAACUUUCUGCGCACUUACGAAGGCUGCAACAUCUGGUGUUUUGAUCAAAGGUGGAGACUAUCUCGAAAGACUUGCCAAGAUCAAGGUAAUGGCUUUCGACAAGACUGGAACUAUCACAAGAGGCGAAUUCAUUGUGGAAGAUUUCCAAUCUCUUUGUGAAGAUGUGAGCCUUGACGCAUUGCUUUACUGGGUUUCAUGCAUUGAGAGCAAGUCAAGUCAUCCAAUGGCAGAUGCGCUUGUCGACUAUGGAAGGACUCGUUCAGUAGAGCCAAACCCUGAGAAUGUGGUGGAUUUUCAGAAUUUUCCUGGAGAAGGCAUCCAUGGGAAAAUUGAUGGGAAAAAAAUUUACAUUGGAAACAGAAAGAUUGCUCUAAGAGCUGGGUGUGGAACAGUUCCAGUGCCAGAAGAAGGGGAUAUGAAGAGAGGAAAGACCAUUGGAUAUGUGUACUAUGGUGCAACCCCUGCUGGAAUUUUCAGCCUCUCUGAUGCCUGUAGGACUGGUGUUGCAGAGGCGAUCACUGAGCUGAAGUCAUUUGGCAUUAGAACUGCUAUGCUAACAGGAGAUUGUCAAGCAGCAGCAAUGCAUGCUCAAGAACAGCUAGGACAUGCUCUUGAAGUAGUCCAGGCAGAGCUCCUACCAGAAGACAAGGCCAGGAUUAUCAAAACAUUUAAGAAGGAAGGGCCAACUGCAAUGAUUGGAGAUGGAUUGAAUGAUGCCCCUGCAUUGGCUACAGCUGAUAUUGGUAUCUCAAUGGGAAUUUCAGGUUCAGCACUUGCAACAGAGACAGGGCAUGUCAUUCUUAUGUCAAACGACAUCAGAAAAGUACCCAAAGCAAUCCAGCUUGCGAGAAAAGCUCAUAGGAAAGUAAUUGAGAAUGUCAUUCUGUCAAUAUCUAUCAAGUCUGCUAUCCUCGCCUUGGGAUUUGCUGGUCAUCCUCUUAUUUGGGCUGCUGUCCUUGCCGAUGUUGGCACCUGUCUGUUAGUGAUCUUUAACAGCAUGUUGCUUUUGCGGGGAAACCAUAAACAAGGUAGAAAAUGCUGCAAAUUAUCGGCUGCAGAAAAUACUAAAAAAUGUGAAAAUAAAAAUUCAUCUCAUCAUCACAAGCCUUGCUGCUCUAAAGAAAAGGUUGCGAAAGCGUGUCAACCUCAAGAGUUGCAUACCUGUGCUUCAAAAUGUGAAUCGGAUGAUCUAAACAAGAACAUAUCUUGUGGGAAGAAGUGCACAAAUUUGGCUAACAGGCAGCAGCAGAAUGAAGUGAUGCAUUGUGGUAAUGGAAGCUGCAAUACAGUCGACUUAGAGGCGAACAAUCCACACCAACAUGCUUGCUGCCAAUCAUCAGCUGCAGAAAAUACUGAGAAAUGUGAUGUUAAAAAUUCAUCUCAUCAUCACAAGCCUUGCUGCUCUAACCAAAAGGUCGCAAAAGUGUGUCAACGUCAAGAAUUGCAAAUCUGUGCUUCAAGAUGUGAAUCGAAUGAUCUAAACAAGAACAUAUCAUGUGGGAAGAAGUGCACAAAUUCAGCUAACAGGCAGCAGAAUGAAGUGAAGCAUUGUGGCCUUGGAAGCUGCAAUACAGUUGACGUGGAGGCUAACAAUCCACACAAACAUGCUUGUUCAGGCUCUCAUAAUUUGAGCUUGGGCACGACAAAUAAAUGCACAAGUUCAGCAGAAAUGCAAGGAAAAUUCAUUGAAGGAGAUGGACUGCAUAAGGAAGAACAUUCUCACCAUAGGCAUUGUGAUCAAAUCACUCAUCAUUGUACCUCUAACCAUUCAAACCAUUCUUCUGACAUAGAAGGUGUCCAAAAGAUGACCAAAAAUGGUCAUUGCCACUCCAACCUCUGUGAUGUUUCUUCAGAAAACGCUAUUGAAUCAGGUUUCAAUCACAGGCCUCACCAUUUCGAUCAUGUUGUCAAGAAUUGUUGCAACAGCCACACUGGCAUUGAUAUUCAGCAGGGCAUGAACUGCAGUGAAGCAACAACCAUUCAAGCUUGUAUGAGCCUGGAGAAGAGAGAAAAUGGGGGUUGUUGCAAGAGCUAUAUGAAGGAAUGUUGCAGUAAGGAUGGACGAUUUUCAACUGGUUUUGGUGGAGGCUUGUCAGAAAUUAUCACUGAAUAGAAGAUUUAUAGCUGAUUAAUUCUAAAGAAGAUCAACAAUAUCUUUAGAUGGUUAUAUUUGCAAAGGAAGAAUUCAGGAAAUUUUUGUGAAAUGAAAAUGGGACGAGCCUAUCAUCUAUAGUCAAUGAAUCAAAUGAAGAUGUUUGAAUGAUUAAAAUUGUAUGUAUAUAAUAUUAAUAUACUGCAAAUGGGUCAUAACCCAUUUAAGUUU